CGCUUACAACUGUUGGAUCUGCCGGUCUGGUCGUCGCGCGACUCCUGCUACCGCGUUUCCGCUUUCCGUUUUCCAUUAAUAUCAACAUUUUACUCGUCGCGAUUCAUCGAUCUUUCCUCGUUUCGUCGAGAUAAAGGAAAGAAGAAGCUUCGAAUAACGGGUGGAACUUGUUGGUAAAACGAGAGAAGGGUUAAAGGACAUCGAGCAUGGAUAGGAGAAUUUACGAGACGACGUUUCAGAGAGUGAACUGUGACCGGAUUUCGACAAAUUCCUUCAUCGGACAUCUGUGUCCCACAUUCGGAUUCCACCUGUGACGUAACGAAGCAAUUUGGAAGGAAAUCUCGACGAGGGAUAAGAAUCGGGAAGGAAGGUCAAAGAGGAUCGAUAUGAAAUCAUGGAUCCUCAGCAAAUCCAGCCUGAUCGUUCUCUCGACCUUCAUCUUCUCCCUCUACUUCCUGUCCUUCUAUUUCAACUGCAGGAUCUACGACAUCCUGCGUCUUCGAAGGAUAAUGUCAGGCGAUUCACGUGUCACCAACACAACCAAGAAGAUUCUAUUCUGGAACACGAUGUUCGGAGACGAAACGUUCUACCUUGGGAAAGGCGAUAUUUUCAUCGAGUGCCCGGUGAACGAUUGUUACGCUACACACGACAGAAAUUACGCGAAUCUGACCGAUUUCGACGCAGUUCUGUUUCAUAGCAACGAACUCGAUCUGACCGAUCUGCCGACGAGCAGGAACGCGAAGCAGUUUUACGUUUUCGUGAACCUGGAGAGUCCGGCUAAUAGACCGCUCAUUAGCGAGUUUUUGGAGGAUUAUUUUAAUCUGACUAUGACGUACAGAUUGGACAGCGAUAUUGUGUGGACGUAUGGAAUCGUCAGGGAGAUGAAUACUAAGGAAAUCGUGGCUCCUAGUCGGGACGUUACCUGGAGAACGUUUUACAAUCGCCCAGACGAGAGCGAUCGGAAGAAGUGGUCGUUAUCAGGCUCGAUCGAAAGGAAAAGAAGACCGAUAAUAUGGCUGGUGAGCAACUGCGAGGCGAAGAGCGGUCGUCAGGACUACGUGCAAGAGCUGUCCAAGCACAUAGCCGUGGACGUAUAUGGGAAAUGCGGGAGCAUGUAUUGUCCUUAUAGCGAGGAUUGUUUCGCGGAGGUCGCGGAACCUGGCUACUUUUUCUACCUGUCCUUCGAGAACUCCCUCUGCGAGGAUUACGUAACCGAGAAGCUGUACAAUGCCCUCAGCCACAAUGUGGUGCCGAUCGUGUACGGAGGCGUCAAUUACAGCCACUUCGCACCGCCUCGCUCUUACAUAAACGUCUUCGAUUUCGACACACCAAAGGAUCUGGCCCGUUAUUUAAAGAGGCUAAUCAUCAAUCCGCUCGAAUACAGUAGAUACUUCGAAUGGAAGAGACAUUACGCGAUCGACGGAGGUGCUCGUCACGCGGCAUGUAAUUUGUGCAAAGUUUUGCACGAAAAACGAGAAGCACGGAUGUAUAAACCGCUGUCAGAUUGGUAUAGUCGGUCCAGAUGUCCGUUGCAAAAUUUUCUACUUUCCCAGAACUACGUGUCCGGUAACACGUUGAAACAUCAAGACUGAUGGAGCGCGUAUUUUGUCAAAUAUUACGUGUUGCAUAGAUUACGUAUGUUUAGAUUUUUAUGUAAAACGGAGUGUCGUUCGAGGCUGACAUAGAUUCCUUAUCGUACGCUUAACGAUAUUUUCCUACUGUCUGACUCAUUCAUUAUAAAUAAAGAAGUUGCUAUGUAAAAAUUUAUUCGAGUUAAGAAAAUGGGAAAAUAUCUGUUUAUUUAUUAUACUGUCUUUUUACUUUUCACCCAAAUAGUACCGGAAAAGAUUGAUGUCGAAUGUUUCCUUGUCACGCGAGUGAAAGCCGUAUAAAAAAGAAGUGGAACAUGAAUUGUCAAUGAACUGAAACGAGGCUUCGAACGACAGAUCGAACAUGAUUCUCAUUUUGCUUUAGAGACGCGUUAGUCGAUACAAUUUUAGAAAAUCGAGUAGCUGUCGAAUAAAUUAUUGAAACUACGUUUGAUUUUCAGCACCGCGACGUGUGUGAUUUGUUCAUAAUGUACAUAUGUAGAUGGAAAUAGUAUUUUUCAAUUUUUAAAUAAAGUUAUUUCUGUACAA